GUUGAUUUCUCUUCAUUCCAACACUAUUAGACUGAUAAUAAAUUUUAAUAAGAGGGGUUUUAUGUUUUAGUGGUCUUUCUCACAAAUAGUGGGGAGAAAUUAGAAUGAACAUGAAUUUUGGGUUUUUAACUGUCAAUGGACUGGAAGAUAUGUUUAUACCAGUGUUGAAAAACUGCAAGAGCACAGUAUUUUUGAAGAAAAUUCAUGCCCAAAUUGUCAAAUUUUCUCUUUCACAGAGUAAUUACUUGGUCACCAAAAUGGUUGAGAUUUGUGACAAAAUUGGAGAAAUAGAAUAUGCAAAUUUGCUGUUUAAACAAGUUGAAAAUCCAAAUAACUAUUUGUACAACUGUAUAAUCAGAACUUAUACACAUAAACAAAGAUAUUUUUCAUGUAUCAAUGUAUAUAAGCAAAUGAUGGAAGGUACAAUUUCUCCGGAUGAAUAUACAUAUCCAUUUGUUAUUAGAUCAUGUGGUGCAGUUUUGCGUGUUGAUGUUGGUGAACAAUUUCAUGGACAUGUAUGCAGAUUUGGGUUGUAUUAUAGUAAUGUGAUAGCGAAUUCGUUAUUGGAUAUGUAUGUUAAAUGUGAUCGAAUGAGGGACGCACAUAUGGUGUUCGAUGAAAUGACUGACAGAGAUGUGAUUUCAUGGAAUAGUCUUAUUUGUGGACAUGUAAGGUUGCGUCAAGUGAGGAAGGCGAGAGUUUUAUUUGAUGUAAUGCCGGAUAAGAGUAUUGUUUCUUGGACUGCUAUGAUUUCGGGGUACACGAAAACGGGGUGCUAUGGAGAUGCAUUGGAUGUUUUUAGGAGGAUGCAAAUGGUUGGAGUGAAACCGGAUUGGAUUAGUUUGGUUUCGGUUUUGCCUGCUUGUGCGCAACUUGGAGCGCUUGAGUUAGGGAAGUGGAUUCAUUUCUAUGCGGAGAAGUAUGGAUAUUUGAGGAAGACUUCUGUUUGUAAUGCGCUGAUGGAAAUGUACGCGAAAUGUGGAAGUGUAAACGAGGCUUGGCAGUUGUUUAAUGAGAUAUCUGAAAAAGACGUGAUCUCCUGGAGUACGAUGAUUGGAGGCUUAGCGAAUCAUGGUAGAGCUCAAGAAGCGCUGAAGUUGUUUCACGAAAUGCAGAGGUCUGCUGUUGAACCGAAUGAGAUCACGUUCGUUGGUCUUCUAUGUGCUUGCGCGCAUGCUGGACUGUGUGAUGAUGGUUUGAGGUACUUUGAUUCCAUGAAAAAUGAUUACAACAUAGAACCUGGGAUAGAGCAUUAUGGUUGUUUGGUUGAUCUUCUUGGGCGUACAGGACGUCUUGAACGAGCUCUUGCAAUCAUUAAGAGCAUGCCGGUUAAGCCUGACUCUGCUAUAUGGGGUUCUCUGUUGAGUUCUUGCAGAACUCAUCGCAAUAUUGAAAUUGCAGUAAUUGCAAUGGAACAUCUGUUAGAGCUCGAACCGGAAGAUACAGGGAACUACAUUCUACUCGCUAAUAUUUAUGCAGAUCUCGGAAAGUGGGAUGGUGUAUCAAGGAUGAGGAAGUUCAUAAGAAGUAAAAGCAUGAAGAAAACACCGGGCUGCAGUCUGAUUGAGAUAAAUAGUUUGGUCCAAGAAUUUCUAUCCGGUGAUAAUUCGAAACCAUUCUCAAAAGAUAUCCAUGAGGUUCUAGAGCUAUUGGCCUUACAUCAAAGCAAGGAAAAUGAUCUAGUUGAUACAACGCUCGAGUACUUAAGUUCAUGAAUUUAUACUUCGAAACACUUCAGCAAAAUGUCAUUUUGACACUGAUCGAGGAGAAGUUGUCAUUCUGAUGCAUACACUCUUCUCCGCUCAAGUUUUUGGCACAUUCUUUAACGUGUGGAAGUUCCAGGAGGAGCGAUUCAGAUUUGUGGGAUAAGCAAAGACGGGAAUCACAAUGAACUAGUUAGAAUAUAUGUCAGCCUGGAAAUCAGUGGUGUUCUAUUUACAUAAGAAGACUUGCCUGAAAUGCGAUGCUACAGACACAAAUUUCACUGGUUUCCCUGGCAUUAGUGACAAAGGUACAUACUGCACCUUUCUGGGUAAAGAGAGGAUUGAACCACUAGCAAUCUGCCGUUAUUGACCAUUUAGAAAAAGAUUUGCUCGUUGCCUUCACAAGAACUUGACAACAUUUCUAUUACGUAGAAGAGCCAACGAGCAGGUCAUGGUCGACAUGUCUGCUUUCCCCUGUGAAUACAUCAUCAAUCAUCUCACCAAUUGACCUGCCAAUGACAGUGUGUUAAUCUUCUGGUCCUUGUCCAUGUUUUGUCAUUGUGCAUGAUUUCCGAGCCUCUGAUCGACAUUGUUGGUAUAAGAAAAAGGCGAAGAGGGCAAUUUUGGAAGUGAAAUCGAAGCUCGUGUUGGAGAAAGAGAGAUCACCAUCAGAGGAAUCUAUAUGUGUUGCUGAAGCCAAAACCACAGAAGGUCAUUCCCGACUGACUUGGAUGCACCAAACAUAAGUUCUGUUUUAUUGAAAAACAAAUUACUGCGAUUUGUUUUAGUCCGUUUAAAAAAGAAUGAUUUGUUCAACUUUAAACUUUUCAUGUUACUCUUAAUGACAUCAUUUUAGAGUCAUGAAAAUGCCAUGGUAUAUG